AUACUUACAGUUAACCCCCACCCAAAUGCGUGGGCACUGGGCACAGAGCACUGCACAUGAGAAGAGAUGCCUAGGAUUGUAGAUGCUAGAAUGGAGUUAGGAGAUGUCACAGUACACAAUCUUAAGCAACUGAAGAAGUUAAACGCAGUCAUUCUACCAGUAGCCUACUCUGACAAGUUCUACACAGAUGUACUGGAACUAGGAAACUUAGCCAAACUAGCUUAUUACAAUGAUGUGGUUGUGGGUGGAGUUUGCUGUAGAAUAGACCAUGAGGGAGACAAGAGAAAGUUGUACAUAAUGACGCUGGGCUGUCUGGCUGCUUAUAGACGACACGGUGUAGGUACAAUGCUUUUUAAUCAUGUAAUGAAGAUUGCCAAAGAAGACGGAAACAUUGAUUGCAUAUUUCUACAUGUUCAAGUCAGUAAUGACGAGGCUAUUACCUUCUAUAAGAAAUUUGGUUUCGAGAUAGUCGGAAAGAAAGAGAAUUAUUACAAGAGGAUCGACCCACCUGAUGCAUUCAUAUUGCAAAAGGAAAUGAAAACUAGCAAUGGAAGUGAAGAGAGCGAACAAAACACAUCAAAAUAAUCAUUAUUAUUAUUGUUGAAAUUAAAAUAAAUAUAUUAAUAACAGCA